AUGGCCUCCCUGUUCUCCGGCCACGUCCUGAUUCGCAACAACAGCGACCAGGAUGAGCUGGACACGGAGGCUGAGCUCAGCCGCAGGCUGGAGAACCGGCUGGUGCUGCUCUUCUUUGGCUCUGGGUCCUGCCCGCAGUGCCAAGCCUUCGCGCCUACCCUCAGGGACUUCUUUGUGAAGCUCACAGAUGAGUUCUACGUGCUGCGGGCAGCCCAGCUGGCUCUGGUGUACGUGUCCCAGGAUCCCACGGAGGAGCAACAGGAUCUGUUCCUUAGGGACAUGCCGAAGAAGUGGCUCUUCCUGCCCUUCGAGGAUGACCUGAGAAGGGACCUCGGGCGCCGGUUCUCCGUGGAGCGCCUGCCGGCUGUCGUGGUACUCAAGCCGGGCGGGGACGUGCUCACCCGCGACGCCACCGACGAGAUCCGGCGCCUGGGCCCCGCCUGCUUCGCCAACUGGCAGGAGGCGUCGGAGCUGCUGGACCGCAGCUUCCUGCAGCCCGAGGACCUGGACGACCCCGCGCCGCGGAGCCUUACCGAGCCGCUGCGCCGCUGCAAGUACCGCGUGGACCGGGCGGCCCGGGGCAAACGCGGCCCGGGGAGCGGGAGCCCGCCCGAGGGGGAGGGCGGGGCGGAGGGCGGCGGCGCCGGGGAGCUGUUCUGA